UCAGAAUGAAUUGAGUACAUAUGUAGCAUGGUGGACAAGGACCAUGGCGCUCCACGGUUCAAGAAAGAUAUAUUUUCAUAAAUUGUAAAAACGAUUCUUGUGUGUGCCUAUUUAUGCUUGAAUGGUUUUAAUAUGGAACCCCGAGCAAAUGAGUUGCUAACAUCAAGCCCAGCGGCAACGAUUAAAGAGGAACCAGUCGACCAACCUGGUGCGAAACAACAAGAUAUGCAACAGUCUCAAGUACAGGGCGUUUGCAUAGAGGAAGAGUGCGAGCAGCGUAUCGAGUGCACCACCGAAAGCCAGGAAAACGAAACGCGUGCAUUUUUAUCAAAAUGUGUGUUCUGCGAGAAAACUUUCGUUGCCGGGGACGAUCCAAAACUUUUGGAGUGUUUACACGCAGCGUGCACAACAUGUGUCAACAGUAAACUGAGCGACCACAAUACAUCGGUUGACGUGGAUGUUUUGUUGGAAAGCAAUGUAAUUGCUUGUCAAAUUUGUAAUGUUACCACCCAAGUGGACAAUUUAAUUGAAAAUCGGUUUUUGUCAAAAUUUAUAGAAGAAGAUAGUAAUCCAGGUACCGAUGAUGAAUCUAAAGAAACAGAAGAAGAAAAGAAAUGUACCAGCUGCCAUGAUAAUGCUAAUGCCACAAGCUGGUGUGUAGAAUGCGAAGAAUUUAUCUGUCAAAAUUGUGUUAUGGCACAUCAAAGAUUAAAAAUCACCAAGGAUCAUACAAUUAAACCAAAGGAUGAAGUUGCCAAUGAUAGAGAUAAUGUUAAAAAGAGCAACAAAAAGAUACCUGGCUAUUUAUUUUGUACAAUUCAUUCACAUGAACAAUUGUCAUUAUUUUGUCAAACAUGUGAUAAACUUACUUGUAGAGAUUGUCAGUUAAGCGAACACAGAGAUCAUAAAUACAAAUUUAUUCAUGAAAUUGCUGCUGAGACACGUACUUCGGUAUCAACAUUACUUAAAGAAGUCAGUUAUAAACGAGUUUUAUUGAAAAGUGCAAUGAAAGUUAUAGAGGAUAGACAAGUCCUUAUUUUAGAAAAGAAGAAAAAUUUAGUACAAGAUAUAACACAAAUGGUGGUACAGUUAACGAAUGCAAUUAGUACACGAGGGAAACAAUUAGUUAUGCGAUUAAAUGAAGUUUGUGAUCAAAAGCAAAAUACAUUAAACGAAAAGAAAGUUGCUUUAGAUCAAUUAUCAAAGCUUACAGAUCAUUGUAUUCAAUUCGUGGCACAUGCCUUAAAGAAAGGAUCAGAUUUGGAAUUGCUGUAUAGUAAAAAAUCUGUUACGAGUCACUUACAAAGAAUAAAAAGCAGACGGGCUGACAUUCCAAAUCCAGAAAUACCUGUUAGAAUACAUUUAUCUUUGGAAAAAGUACCAGACUUGAUAAAAGUGGUCUCAUCAAUUGGAGCAAUAGUUGUGGAUGGUAGAGUAUAUCCUUCGAUAUCUCCAUUAGGUGGUGCAAAUACGCCAUCCAUGCCAUACAGUGAAUCUCAGCCAGAGCAGAAACAAACAGCUAAUCUUCCUAGUGCACCUAUGGAUGGUUCCCCUAUGGCUGUACAAAUACCUCCUGCAACUCAGCAAUCAAGUAAUAUUCAACAAAAUUCCUAUCAGCAAGUGCCUCCAUCGUUACCUUUAACACAACAUCAGCAACAACAACCACAACAGCAGCAGCAACAGCAACAACAAUUGCAACAAGCACAAUCACAAAAUUAUAUGCAACAUUAUCCUAUGAACAAUAUGCCACCUCGAUCAUCACCUCAAGCACAUCAGCCACGUGUACCAUACCCAGUUAACUUCAACAGUAGGUUGCAGCAACCAUUAAUGAUGCAACAACGUCCAUUGGGGAGUUGCCAUCAGCAAGUGACAUCGUCUACACAUCCUCAUCAACAAGUUCAUAUGGAUCAACUCGGACAGAACACGAGUCUACGCGGUCUUCUUGCACAUAAUCCUCCACCCUAUCGGCCUUCUACAAACCAUGUACCAUAUCGACUACCACCUUAUAGGUACCCUACAAAUAAUUCUCAACGACCAGUACCGCCACAUACGUAUCAACCAACGAACACAUCUAUGGUGUCUGGUAUAAGGCUUCAGCAAUGCAACGCAACUUCUCCAUCUGCACAACACCUGAAUUAUCCUGUCCAACAACCAUCUGCAGCACGUUGGCACAUCCCUCAAAAUGUUAAUCCUUGCCUUCCUUAUUAUCCUUCGCGUCAUCAAGCUACACCCCCAAUGCCAGUUCCUAUCAACGAUACUUAUAAAAUAACGUUAAAAAAUCAACAACCACACAACAAUCAAAAAUACAAUACACAAACAAGUGCCGCAACUGAUAACACACCCCAAGUACAAAAUUCAGCAUCCGUUGGCCAUGCGGUCAGUUCAUCGGUACCUAAGACACCUAGUCCUGUGCCUCCUGGAAAGACAGAUGAAACUGAAAAAAGUUUGGAUAAAUUUUGCCAAAAAUCUUUAAACGAUCUGAUGUUAACCAUUGCAAAAUUAGAUAGUAACGGAAUUGUGGUGAUACCAGAGGCCCAACGAAAUCAAUUGGAUUCUGCCCAAGUAGAUAGUUCAACUGAUGAGGGAAUGAAUCCGAUGGCUGAGAAUUCAUCAGAUAAUUCAAAAAAUGCUACAGCAUCCAUGACAAAGGACGAUCCUAAUGAAGACUGGUGUGCAGUAUGUAUGGAUGGAGGAGAUGCUGUGCUGUGUUGUGAUAAAUGUCCAAAAGUCUUCCACUUGUAUUGUCAUAUUCCUAGCUUAAAAUCGUUUCCUGAUGAAAGUGAAACUUGGCAAUGUAUGUUAUGUACAAAUGUGCUCGAUUGCUCAGAUGAUCCACCAGGGGAAAAAAGGCCCAACACUAUGAGUGCAAAAGAAUUAAGAAUUGCCCAAAGAAUUGUAUUGGAACUUUACUGCCAGUACGAGCAAAGUUUACCCUUCCGUGAAGUUGUUUCCAGCGAGAUAAUUGAGUAUCAUCGUAUCAUAAAGAAACCGAUUGCAUUAGAUGUAAUUAGAGAUAAAUUAAAACCUGAUCAUCCCAAUCAUUAUACAGAUCUAAGACAAGUAAUGGCAGACAUCAGAUUGAUGUUUAAGAAUGCUUUUACAUACAAUCCUGUUGAAUCGCAAGUGUAUCAAGAAGCUCGAAAUUUAGAAGAAUUUUUUGAAAAAUUGUUACUGAAAUGGGCACCAAAUUAUGCUUAUGACGACCCUUUCCUAUCUGCUGAUAAGGACGAAGACGAGGAAGUAUUCCCUCCUAAUAGAAAAUACCGACGGAUAGUUACCGACUAAUUUCCAUUUGUUACGUGCACUUGAAAACGCACGAUAUUUUUCAAAAUAUAGCAGAAUUCUCGAAGCAAUCUACAAAUAUUUAUGAGUUACAUUAAACAUUACUUUUUAUGUUUAAUAAAUUGAUAUAGUAUGUUAUGUAUCUUUAAGGAACACUAACACGGUAAUAGAACACAGUAUCGGACCUUUAAAUUGUAGCAUAAAAAUAA